GCGAUCUUGUAGACACAGUUGUUUGUGGAGUGCAUGCGUUUGAUGGGUUACCUUUUAUGGUGAUUCAAGUAACAAGAAAACAUUCGUCAGACUUGUAAUGUUCUAAUAGCAAAUCAAAAAGGGGACCUUCUGAAAAUACAAUGUUCGGCAGCUUGAGAUGGAUUAUAGCAAUAGCGAUUGUUAUAUCGCUAGCAAAGGCAAAUUAUCCACCUCCAGAGAGACUGACAGGAAUGAAUCCUUGCAUUAGCAAGCAAACAUGUCACGAAUGCAUACAAACACCACAUUGUGCAUGGUGUGCUGCACCGAAAUUUUCAGAAAAACGAUGCUUUCUACCAAAUAUAAAUACCAAAAUAUUUGCUACAUGUCCAGCAGAAUACACAUGGAAUCCAGACAAUGUUUUUAGUAUGAUAAGACAUAACAAUCUAACAAAAGGUGGCUAUACCAUUGGUGGUAUCAAUAGUUAUGAGUAUUCGUACAUGAAUUCUAGCUCAUUUAGCUCUAGUUCACAAUCGAACAGAGAAAGUAGUAGUAGCAGCAGCAGCAGCAGUAGCGGCAGAAGACAAGAAGCUGUGCAAAUUUGGCCACAAGAAGUUAAUUUAAAACUUAGAAUAAGCGAAGCGCAUAGAAUGACCUUUGCUUAUUCACAAGCAGAAGAUUAUCCUGUUGAUCUGUAUUACCUUAUGGAUCUGAGUAAAUCAAUGGAAGAUGAUAAAAAGAAAUUGUCAGAUUUAGGUCAACUUUUAGUAGAAAGUAUGAGUAAAAUCACAAGUAACUUUCGAUUAGGCUUUGGCAGUUUUGUUGAUAAAGUUGUAAUGCCUUAUGUUAAUACAAUGCCAAAGUCACUAAUAGAACCAUGCGAUGGAUGUGCGGCACCGUAUGGAUACAAAAAUAUUAUGACAUUGUCCCAAGACACUAGUCAUUUUGCAAGUUUAGUGCGCAAUGCUUCAGUGUCUGGAAACUUGGAUGCACCGGAAGGCGGAUUUGAUGCAAUAAUGCAGGCUAUAGUUUGUAGAGGACAAAUUGGUUGGCGUGAAAAGGCACGUAGACUGUUGGUAUUUUCUACAGAUGCUGGUUUUCACUAUGCAGGUGAUGGAAAACUAGGUGGCAUUGUAAAACCAAAUGAUGGUAUAUGUCAUUUGGAUGGCACUGGUCUCUAUACGCAUUCAUCUUUGCAAGACUAUCCAAGUAUUUCUCAAAUUAAUUUAAAGGUUAAACAGAACGCUAUUAAUAUUAUAUGGGCUGUCACUGAAGAACAAAUAAAUAUAUAUAAAAGACUGACUAAACACGUAGAAGGAUCUUUUGCCGGCAAACUGUCGGAUGACUCGAGCAACGUUGUAGAAUUAAUUCGAGAACAAUACGAUGCUAUUUCAAGUUCCGUCGAAAUGAAAGAUACAGCCAGCAGUGCUGUAAAAGUAAAAUAUUUUUCAAAAUGUUUGGGCGCGGGACCACUUAUCGAAGCUUCAAAAUGCGAUGGGCUAAAAGUUGGAACAAAGGUCGAAUUUAUUGCAGAAAUUGAAGUCACGAGUUGCCCGGAAAAUAGAUCAGAAUGGAAACAGAAAUUUGAGAUUUAUCCUGUUGGAAUUAAUGAAACUCUUACUGUAAAUCUGGAAAUGUUAUGUGACUGUGAGUGUGAACGCGAAGGUCUUAUGUACGAACCAAAAUCACCAGAAUGCAAUGGUGUUGGAACUUUAAAAUGUGGUGUUUGUGAAUGUUACGAUGGAUUCUUCGGGAAACGCUGUGAAUGCAGCCCUCAUCAUGAGAUGACAGGAUUUGAUAAACAUAUUCAAUCUUGCAGGCCUGAUAAUACUUCUCUUGUAGAUUGUUCAGGGAGAGGAACUUGUGCAUGUGGUCAGUGCGAGUGCGAAGAAAGAGAAAAUCCCGAAGAAAUAAUAUCAGGUCACUUUUGCGAGUGCGAUAAUUUUUCAUGCGAUCGAGAUCAAGGUUUCUUAUGUUCUAAUCAUGGAACUUGUGAAUGUGGACAGUGUGUCUGCAAUGCUGGAUGGACUGGACCAUCUUGUAAUUGUAGAUCCUCUAACGAAACUUGUAUUGCACCGGGAACCACAAACGGAGUAUUAUGUUCAGGACAUGGCGAUUGUAUUUGUGGUGAAUGUAUCUGUCAUGAAGAAGGAAAUAUGCGAUACUCGGGUAAACAUUGUAAUAAAUGCCCCACAUGCCCAAGUCGCUGUGAAGAGCUAAAAAAUUGUGUAUUGUGCCAAAUGUAUGGUACUGGAAACUUUAGCGACAAAGAGGAAUGUGCAAAAAAUUGUAAAGAAUUUGUCCCUGAACCAGUUGAAACGGUUAUACCGGACGUUGAUAAGGACGAGGAGCCAUGUUCUGGUAUAGACGAAGAUGACUGUAAAUAUAAUUUUGUUUAUUAUUACAAUGAAACAAAUUGUCUGCAAGUACGAGUACAAAAAGACAGAGAAUGUCCGCCACAAGUCUACAUGCUGGGUAUAGUGCUAGGCGUGAUAGCAGCAAUUGUUUUAAUUGGUCUUGCAUUAUUACUUUUAUGGAAGUUGUUGACGACUAUACAUGAUAGAAGAGAAUUUGCAAGGUUUGAGAGAGACAGAAUGAUGGCUAAAUGGGAUACGGGAGAAAAUCCAAUUUAUAAACAAGCCACGUCAACAUUUAAGAAUCCAACGUAUGCUGGAAAAUGAGAACUAAGAAUGAUCUCUAUCUGAUAGAGGAUGCAAAACUAUUACAUUGCAGUAAAUUGUGUUUUUUAUAUAAAUUUUAAACUGGUUAAUAUUUAAACGAUAAACAACAUAUUUUAUUAUUGUUGUGCCUUUAGAUCUUUUUCCGUACCAGACUUUUGCUUUUACUUUCGACCUAUCGAUCUAUCGAUCUUGCCGUACAUACCUCGGCAUUUCUCAGCAAGAUCGUUGUUUGAAACUUCCAAGCGAAAUAAUUACUUUCAUUCUUUUCGUGAAACUCUAAUUUCUUUGUUUCGUUAUAUUGUUCAUGAUUCACAAGCAUAAUCGUUAAAAAAAAAAAAAUUUCGUCUUCCCAAUCAUGUGGCACACGUUCAUUUAACUACACUUCCUUUGUUUCUAACCUAUAUUUAACUAUCAGUAAAUUAAAAAAAAAAUACAAUUUUUUAGCUCUUUAUCACUCGUGCUCUUUAUCACCCAUUGCUAUCAAAGUAAUACACUGUACACAAAGGCAAGACACAAAAGAUCUAAAUGGCACAACAAUUGUGCAUCAAAAGAAGCUUUAGAAGUAAGUAGUUUUUAACAUUGUAACUCGUAAGUAUUUAAUGGGAACUAAUGUAGUAUGAAAUUCGAUCGACCUAUUCAUUAAGUACGAUAUUAUAAUACUGCCAUAUAACUUAGACUGCUAUGUAUGAAUGUGUACGUAUGUGUGUGUAGAUGUAAUUUAUAUACAAGGGAUAAUAAUCUCUAUACAAUAAAAAACUGCAAUGUAAGAAUGAAUAUCUGCAUGGCAAUAUGGUAAUGUAACGAUUCUAAGAUUUACAAUUUAUCUUACCAUGCAUUUUAUAUACAAGUGCCUUUUAUCUUGCGACAAAACUGUUUGUACCAUUUUUCAAUUGUCUUUUUUAGUCAGAAAUUUAUAAAGAAUAUUAAUCUCUCAAUAGGUUUUGUCUCUCUCUCUUUGAAUUAAUACCUAGAGUAAGAUGAAUUUUCUUUUUUAAAUAACAUAUUUAUUGAGAUGUAUCAUGCGUUAAUAUAUUUCAAAUAGGAAAUACAAAUAAGGCACAUUAAAUAUGUGAUAUUGCAAGAUCUAAAACGUUAUUUACAGAUGUACUUUAAGAAACGAUGAUCAAUUGUUUUCGUUCUAUGUCUUCCUUGUUCUCACACAUGUUUUAGAUUUCAUAAAGGAUAGUUUGGAAAUGUAUGUAGAAAAUUGUAUAAAUGUAUAAAAUAACAAAACGCGUAGUAAUAAGUAUAAAUCAUUUUGCAAUUGUUAAAAAAUAUAGAUACAUCGAUUUUUUUUUUUUAGUUAUAUGAAAUAUUAUGUAAACAAAAGGUUACAAAAUUUUGUUGCCUAUUCGCUGUCUUAUACAUAAUAGACAUACGAUUAAUAAAAAAACUAUUGCAGCUCUUUAAAGCCACUUGAAUCAACAUUCGAAACGUAUUUGAAAAUUAACAUAAUACUUUCGUAAUGUAUUGUAUUAAUCAGUUUUAAUUAUACUAAUAAGAUGUGAUUUAGAACUUUUACAUUUUACUCUUAUUUAAAUAUUUAAAAAUAAAUUCUCAGCAUGAAAGAAUCAAAUAUAUUAAGCUGUAAAACAAUUUUUUAAUAAUGAAUCCCGGAUAGAAACAAAUGUUAUGCUUGCGUGAAAUUAUUUACUGAAUAACUUAUAUAAACAAAGUUUAUAUUUCAAUAUUGAUAAUGAGAAAAGAAUAUCAGUUUAUCUUACACUCUUAACGUAAGAUAAAAUAAAUACAACA